AUGCAAAAAUAUAAACAAUGUACAAAACAAAAUUAUAAUGACGAAAUUCAAUUAUUGGCAUAUCGCAGAUAUAACAACGUUCAACGCAUUACAUUUAUAGUAUGUUUAAUUAUCGUACUGUUUACUUUGAUUCACAUUCUUCAAACUGGAUUAUUUUUAAUAAAACAUUUUACAGAAGAUGAAAAUAGAAGUAAUAUGAUAAAACUUGAUAUGCAAAUUUGGCAAGGUCUUGUUAAUGGUCAAUCUCAAAGAAAAAUUCCUAGACAUAUACAUCAAAUUUGGAUUUCAUCUAAAAAUGAUGAAGAAAUGUAUGAAAAUUUUCGAAUAGCUGCUAAUGCUUGUAUGGAAUUACAUUCAAAUUAUAAUUAUACAUUAUGGACUCAUAGAAAAAUUUUAGAUUGGUUAAAAAUUCAUUAUUCAUGGUUUUUACCUACUUAUGAAAAUUAUCGAUAUGAUAUGCAACGAAUCGAUGCUAUGAAAUAUUUAUUAUUAUUUCAUUUUGGUGGCAUCUAUCUUGAUCUUGAUAUAAAAUGUAAAGUUCAAGAUUUAAUUACUUCUAUGUUACCUUUAGAUAAACGAGAUAAUGAACCAGAUAUUAUAUUUCAUAUGGGUACAGAAGGCAUUUCAGCAAAUACAGAUAUAAUGACAGCAAAAAGAUUUCAUCCAUUUUUUAAAUUAGCUGUUAGUCAACUUAAAACAGCAAAUCGUUGGUUUUAUUUAUAUCAUUUAACUAUUAUACUUAGUGCUGGUCCUACUUUUCUUUAUGGUGUCUAUAAACAAUUUCCAUUGAAAGAUAUUUUUUAUUAUGUACCAAAUAAUGUAUUAUAUGGAAAGAUGAUUGAAGGUGUUGGUGGAGGAACAUGGUAUGGUAGAGAUAGUUUAGUUUUAAUUCGUUUUAUGGAAAAUAAAAUUUGGUCAAGUUUUCUGAUAUUUUUUAUAAUUAUCGUUUUCUUUGUUGUUUAUAAAGUUUUAAAGAGGAAAACAAUAUUGAUAAAAUUUUGUUGUUAA